UUAUCGCGGUUCUCUAAUCCCCUCCCUCUCCCGCAAGUGCCGCUUUCCGGAGGGCUCGCUCGCUGCUCCCCGCGCUCCUGCAUGACUGUCACCAAGAUGUCAUGGCGCCCGCAGUACCGCAGCUCCAAGUUCCGCAACGUCUACGGCAAGGUGGCCAACCGGGAGCACUGCUUCGACGGCAUCCCCAUCACCAAGAACGUGCACGACAACCACUUCUGCGCCGUCAACGCGCGCUUCCUCGCCAUCGUCACCGAGAGCGCCGGCGGCGGCUCCUUCCUCGUCAUCCCGCUGGAGCAGACUGGCCGGAUCGAGCCGAACUACCCCAAAGUGUGCGGCCAUCAGGGCAACGUGCUCGACAUCAAGUGGAACCCCUUCAUCGAGACCGUCAUCGCGUCCUGCUCCGAGGACACCUCCGUGCGGAUAUGGGAGAUCCCCGAGGGCGGCCUGAAGCGCAACAUGACGGAGGCGGUGCUGGAGCUGUACGGGCACAGCCGGCGCGUGGGCCUCGUCGAGUGGCACCCCACCACCAACAACAUCCUCUUCAGCGCUGGCUAUGACUAUAAGGUGCUCAUCUGGAACCUGGACAUCGGCGAGCCGGUGAAGAUGAUCGACUGCCACGCGGACGUCAUCCUCUGCAUGUCCUUCAACGCGGACGGCAGCCUGCUGGCCACCACGUGCAAGGACAAGCGGCUGCGCGUGGUGGAGCCGCGCUCGGGGCGCGUGCUGCAGGAGGCCAGCUGCAAGAACCACCGCGUGAACCGCGUCGUCUUCCUGGGGAGCACCAAGCGCCUGCUCACCACGGGCGUCUCGCGCUGGAACACGCGGCAGAUCGCGCUCUGGGACCAGGAAGACCUGUCCAUGCCGCUCAUCGAGGAGGAGAUCGACGGGCUCUCGGGCCUCCUCUUCCCCUUCUACGACGCCGACACACGCAUGCUCUACCUGGCCGGCAAGGGUGACGGCAACAUCCGCUACUACGAGAUCGGCUCCGAGAAGCCCUACCUGAGCUAUCUCAUGGAGUUCCGCUCGCCRGCGCCCCAGAAGGGCCUGGGGGUGAUGCCCAAGCAUGGGCUGGACGUGUCGGCCUGCGAGGUUUUCCGCUUCUACAAGCUCGUCACCCUCAAGGGGCUCAUCGAGCCCAUCUCCAUGAUCGUGCCGCGGCGGUCGGAGACCUACCAGGAGGACAUUUACCCCAUGACGCCGGGCACGGAGCCGGCGCUGACACCGGAUGAGUGGCUGAGCGGCAUGAACAGAGACCCCAUCCUGAUGUCGCUGAAGGAGGGCUACAGGAAGGUGUCCAAAAUCGUGUUCAAGGCCCCGGCGCGGGAGAAGAAGAGCGUCGUGGUGAACGGCAUCGACCUGCUGGAGAACGUGCCGCCGCGCACCGAGAACGAGCUGCUCCGCAUGUUCUUCCGCCAGCAAGACGAGAUCCGCCGGCUGAAGGACGAGCUCGCGCAGAAGGACAUCCGCAUCCGGCAGCUCCAGCUGGAGCUCAAGAACUUGCGCAACAGCCCCAGGAACACUUAACAUCCCGGGACGUUUUCUAAAUAAACUCUCCUUGUUUAUACUCGCUCUUUAAUUUUUGUCCUACCCGCUCGCACAGACCGGGAGCCCCAAGCCGAGCGACCUGCCAAGAGGCCACGCGCUAACUGGAAAUACGUCCUUGUAGUCUUGUCUAGCACUAAAAAGGCUCCGCGCUGUCACUGGAAGCUACUGCAUGAAGGGAAGCCGGGGCGGGACGGCUGCCCCGGCCUUUUCCU